AUGAACGGAUGGAACGCGAUUCUGUUUGCACAAAUAGAUUUACGUUCAACGACGUUCGUGACGGUCUAUCGUGCAAUCUGUCGUAACGUUCGAUCGCGAUCGAAAUGCCUGGAAUCGCGAGUGCGACUGGUCUGCUAUCUGCGCGAAUUCGGCCGAUUCGCAGACCAAAACCCAAGAACGUGGAAUUAUCGGGUUGUACCCGAGCGGCACCGUUCGCCCUUCGACCGUUCGCUGGACUCUUUAAUCCCUAUCCUUACGGCUGCUCUGUGCUGUGCAACCAUCCGGCGGAUUGCGAGGCGAAGGAGGUCGUCCGACGCGCUAAGGAUACAUGGGCGGCCGAAGGAAAAGCUCUUUUGCUGCCGGAAGAGAUGGAGAUGAUCCGGACGAGUCUGCUAGUGGUGGGCGCAAGCGGAGGCGGAGGCGAGGCAGCUGGAAAUGUCGGAGGUGACGGCGAUGGUUACAAUGCCGAGAUGACCGCUUCGGCGGUGCCCGAGGAGCUCUUCCGGAAAUAUACGGAAACUGAUUCGCGACCUUUGACCCCGGCGCCUACGCUCGCCAGCGGACCAACGGCGUUAACUGGUCGCACGGCCCAGGAGGAUUUGCUGGCGACCUGUAACCCGCGUGAGCGCACCACUUUAGUUCUGGAUCUUCGAACGAGCUCGCAGAGCAACCAGCAGUUGGAAAAUGAGGCUUUUAGCUGGCACGCUCUUACACUCGAUCUGCCGCCAACUCCUCGGAAGAGCGAGAUAUUUGUCUACAAGCCGACCUCGCGAGCGCAACAUUCAUCAGCAACUCCUAUACUGCCUUCUCCAUCGCCUCCCUCAUCUACCGCUGAAAAAUGCGAAACGAGUUCGUCCCGGAACGCGGAGAAAGAGGCCGACAGCGGCAGCGAACAGCAACCGGCAAUUACACGAAGACGGGGAAAGCGAUUGCGUAAAAGAAAGUGUAGAAGGGGCUCGACGUAUGGCCAACAAACGGAAGUUCGCGAUCCUCUCGAGCCCACGGUUACGCAGGUCUCACAAAUCGGAAACGGAUCACGGCGAGCGUCGCUGCACGUAAAUACUAGCGAGGGUGACAGUUCAGCGGAUUCCAAGAAAACGUCCGCGCAGCGGCCAACAAACCAGAUGUUGCCUUCGAGUUUCCUCGCACCAGAUAUUUUGAAGCAUUUGUGCAGAGAGUUAGACCGCGACAAAAUAGAGGCAGAAUUCUCGAUCAAGAGACGAAUCGCAUUAGAAGAAGCGUUACGAGUGAAAGGUGAUGCGUACUCGACUCUGCGUGGAUCUCGUCAAACCAGUGCCAGCCCGUUAGUGGAAAAUGCUCCCCGAAUAUUCUCUCGUCAAGCGAUGCGAUUUGAAUUGCUCGAUAGUCAAAGUCUUUGCGGACUAACGUCGCUGCAAUAUCUCAGCAAAUAUGCUUACAUCACGUCAGGAAGAAAAUUAAUAUUUGGUCGAAUAUUUAAUAAAUUUAACGAAGAGGCGUUGCACAGCGCGCGACGCAUUUCAUCGUGCGACAUUGAGGAGGCUCUUCAGGAAGUAGUCGGGAGAAUAUUGAGUGACGAAGAGCGAUCUUAUCUGAAGUCUCUGAUAGGAGAUAUAACGCAGCCGCUCGGUUUUAGAGAGUGGUGCGGUUUGUGCGCUGCUGUCGAAAGACUGCUGUGUCCUCUCCCACCGAGGGAGAACGAUCCGCCAACCUGGCUCGAAAGAACGGACUUCGAAGAUCUGGAACAAAGACUUAAAUCAGCCGAAUCAGUUGAUCCCACAUUGGCGUUAUUGUUGAGGGCAAUUCGUGAUAGAUAAGAUAUAACAUAUUUUUGUCGAAAAUCACGUAGACUUACUAUAAUUACAAUUGCAUUUAAGUUAAAUUCAUUAAAAUGUUAUGUGUUUAUAUAAUACAUACAUUUGUUUUGGAAGGUGGCACAAUC